AUGCAGCAACACGAAUCGCUGAGAUAUCCCAGUCACCGUCUUAUUCGCGACUCUCAGCAGAUGGUGUGGAUCCUAAAAGGAAAAUCUUUAAUAGCAGUUCCUUUUAGCGACAACAUCAGACCUGUCUCUCUUGCCAUAAUAGCAUGUCGAGACACAGAAUUCUACAGUGAAGGAAAAGGUACUCCGUUUUACCUGGGAAUCAAGGACCAAAAUCUUUGUCUCUGCUGCACAGAAAUUCAGGGCAUUCCUACCUUGCAGCUUCAGGAGAGAAAUAUCAUGGACCUGUACUGGGAGACCAAAGGGCAGGAGUCGUUCCUCUUUUUCUCCAGCGAAGAGGGGUCCACCUUCGUCUUCCAGUCAGUCUCCUGCCCUGGCUGGUUCAUAGCUACCUCCUCCGUGGUGGGGCAGCCCGUCACCCUCACCAAGGAGAGGGGCAAAACUGAAAACACCAACUUCUAUUUAGAUGGUGAGAACUGAAUCCUGCCUGGGCUUUGGUGCCUGAGUCCAGGAUAGAGGAUCAGGUAGUCGGAGAUUCUUCUGAUUGAAAACACAACGGGUCGUCUUAAAAGACCACUGUGCACUGAUGCCCAUCCAUAGCCCACCUUAUUCCAU